AUGGCCAUAUAUUCCUCAGAACCUCCCAUCAUCAUGACGACUCCUACCGAAACUCCUACCAUUGUCACUCUGAAGGACUCCGACUAUGGACGAAUCCUCAGAACGAUUGAGAAUUGUGCGUUCAGCGAAACCGCCAUUCUGACCCCCGCGUACUCCCAAGAGAUCAACAACAUCCUCGGUGAGAUGAGCACAACCGUUGCAUCUGGCACCUCCCUCGCCGUGCACAUCAUAAAAGCCACGAAGUUGCUAGAAGAAGCCGCACCUUGUACAGACCUAGACGAAGCUACUCGGACACUCGCCGUGCUCCACCUUCAGAAAAGAAUUCGCACAAUGGCGCUUCACCUCCUACCGCUCAACUUCCCUGACCUCGUGAACCUCGCGGUUAGGACGGCUAUGUCAAAGCCACACGCCGAAGAAGAAACUAGACCCGUGCGCCCGCUACCUAAGAAAAGAGCGGCCACGAUGGAUAGAACCCACAUGCUUUGUAAACGCUGCGGAGGAUACGGGCACACUUUUAGACAGUGUCCUGAUUACGUCUGCUGCAUUUGCAGCAAGAUUGGACCAGAUCAUCUAUCGAUCCACUGCCCUGAACUCAAGGGACGCUUAGUGCUCCAAGAGUUUUCAGAUGAGGAGAAAUUCUUCGAAGCUCUCUUAGACUGGGAGCAGAACCAUAAAGCACUCGCCGACCUCGCACUCGCCUUCCCCAUUCCACCUUCCCCUAUGCCUGUGACGCCGAUACCCAUGACGCCUGUGCCAGCACCUCCCUCGACACCUGCACCAUCCUCCCAGACAUUGGAUGAAGUAUUAAUUGAAGUCGGUGACUUCAACCUUAGUAACAGGGUAAUGUUACAGGCAUCCAUAACACCUACAGGAGCCCCAGCUCUGCCUACGCCUGCCCCCGCUCUGCUAGACUCCCCGCGCCUAGAAAGACAGUGGUCUGGACUGCUAUGA